AUGGCGCAGCGCCCGAGAAUUAUUUGGCGCCUUUCCAGUUGCGCCCAGCUGGGGUAUCGCUUGAUACAGGAGCCUAUGCCAAAAGGGAAAAAAAAAAUUUUCUCCUUUUUCCGGUCGGGUAUACACACGAAUAGCGAAGGUUACCAAGUUUUGUUAAAAGAGGAGAAAAAAAAAUCAGAUGAUUGCUCCGUAACCUUUGUGGAGAGCGGCAGGGACGAUCACCAGGACGGCCUUGUGAAUGCGCAGGGAAAAGCCAUCGGCGGGCUGCACAUGGACCGGGACAGCUUCUGCCCAUAUUUGACAAAACGGAAAACCGCCCUCAAGUUCUUUCCAUAUCACGUGAAGGAGUACCAAGAGGGUAUGCUUUACAAGCAGAGUGAUGGAAGUGAAAAGGCAUUUUUGUAUUCUACCAAAAUUAAAAAGUGCCAGUACAGUGAUAGGAUAAGUAGCAAUUUGUAUGUAAGCUGCUUUUCCGCUGGGGACGAUGGGGGAAGGGUUUGCAGGAAAAGCCUCUUCGAUAUUCUGUUUCGGAAGUUUAGCCUCUUGUACCUCUUCACCGACACCAGCCAUGUCCACGAGGUGAAGAAAUAUCUCGCCGACUUUGCGCGGCAGAAGGGGGAGCAUGGAAAACACACACCCCACACGCACCACCAGAUAAGUAUCAUUGAGGAUGGCAAAUUUCUAAAGCUCAGGGACAGACAGCAACCAAUCGAGCUCUACUACUGCUACGUUUCGCCAUACAGAUACCUCCUCUCAACAUACUUCAGUAAAAAAAUAGCACAGGAUUUAAAGGCUAAUUAUUUUAAUGGAAAUAACUUUUUUUUUAUAAAUGACAGACUAAGAACAGAUGUUGAGGACACACUUCUUCUGCCUGGGAGCAGAACCGUGAGUUCCUUCACCCCCCAUGAUACGUUACCAUCGUUACUUCUGGUGGAUGACUUCUGCUACGUGAGGUAUCACAUAAAGGGUUUGUUCACGAGGGAAGCUUCGCACUACCUCUAUAACGUUAUGAAAGGCAUUUAG